AUGAAGGUCGACUUUAAAAAAAGUUAUGAUAAGAAGCAAGAUGAAACGAGAUUUGAGUUAUUUCGUGCAACUUUGAAGCAGAUCGAUGAUCAUAAUGUAAAGUUCAAGAAAGGAGAAGUUGAACAUGAAGCUGGUCUUAAUGAAUAUUCAGACUGGAAUGACGCUGAAAAGAUGAAGCUUAUUGCAUAGUUUCCUAUAUUAAAUAAUCAAAAAUGUGUCCUAUAUAUAACAGAUUGGUCAAAUGGUACUUCAACAAAAAUAUGUACAAGUUUCCAUUUAAAAUUGUCAUAAUUUGUAAACAUAAUCAAUAAAAUGAAUUUAUGAUUUUUAUGAAUUAUAAAAAACCUGGC